AUGGGGAGAGGGAAGACACAGAUAAGGCGUAUAGAGAACGCCACAAGCAGGCAAGUGACUUUCUCCAAGAGGCGAAAUGGGUUGCUGAAGAAGGCCUUUGAGCUCUCUGUUCUUUGUGACGCUGAGGUUGCCCUCAUCAUUUUCUCUCCCAAAGGCAAGCUAUUUGAAUUUGCUAAUCUGAGGUCUUAUUUGCGUGUUGAUUCUGGUCACUCCUGUGGUCUUGGAGCUCUGAAAUUGCCUUUUUGGGUUGUGGGUUAA